AUGAAGCUUCUUUCGGCUCUCUUGCUAUUACUAGUAGUAUUGGCACUUAUUUGUCCCACCAAUGCCCAAGAUACCCUUUAUGUGGUAGUAGGCGGCACCAGCACUACCUGUACUUCGUUGGACGAUGCCUGUGGAUCCAUUCAAGCCGCUGUGGAUGUAGCCUCUGAGGGUGCUACCAUUAGCAUUGGCUCAGGGACUUUUGUGGAGAAUAUCCGAAUCAUGACGGCUGGCUUGACACUGGAAUCGGAAGACGAGGAGAAUCAGGCCACCAUCGAGUCGGCGGGAGGUGUCCCGGAUCAACAAGCUCCGGCCGAUGUCCCUGUGGACGUGGUAGUAGAUCUCUUGGCCCCCAAUAUUACUCUGGAGAAUCUCAGCAUUCGACACCCCAUGGGUCCAGCCACCAAACGAGAUGUAGGUGUUUUUGUCAGACCACCCGCCGUCAAUGCCACGUUGAGCAACCUUGUUGUGGAACGAUACCGCACGGGGGAACCACUAGAACCUUUUGCACCAGGAUCUCGCGGUCUCUUGGUAUUCCGAGCCACGGGAGUGGUCUGCGAAGAUUCUACCUUUCGGGGAAACUACCAAGAUCACAUUCAUCUACCCACCAGCGAAUCGCAUAUUGAAGACAAUAUUGUGGCGAAUGCUACCAGACUUGGAAUUGUCAUCAUACAAGAAACUCCCGAUUCUCUUUCCAUCGACAAUGUCAUUAAAGAAAAUACAGUUUCAGGAAUUGCAGGAGAUGGCAUUCAAAUUCAAGGCGAUAGGAACUCUUUCAUUGACAAUACCGUCUUUGGUUGUGCUGGUUAUGGCAUUCACUUGUGUGGUGCCAACAGCAAUCCACCGUGUGUACCACCCGGUCAAAUGGCCAAUGCAUCCCAGAAUCAACUCUCUGGAAAUUUUCUAUGGAACAAUGACUUGGGCUUGGGGGAACCAGCGGACUUUGGAGUCGAGAACUAUAUUGGUCCGAGUCAUGAAUUCACCAAUGUGGCUGGGACGGAGGCAGCUAACAAUGACCUCGAAACAACAACGAUGGAAACACACAAUGACAAUGGCCACAACAACAACAACACCAUGGACGGCGGUGACAAGAAUAACAACACCAUGGGAGAAGAUCACGACCCCGAAGACAAUGGGGAAGAAGACUCUUCCACAUCCACCACCACCGAUGCCGCAACCAACACAUCGGGUGCGAUGAGAAGACUUUCAGACGUUGACUCUUUCGUUAGCCACAUGGCGUUUGCUUUGAUUGCUGCUGUUGCCGUUUUGUGUCUCUAA